CGCGUGGCUUGUGCUUUCCCUUCGAUGACGCCCAAGACUCUUCUGGCCAAUCGUCGUCGACUGGCUGACAGAAUAUACCGGUAGCUGCUCUCAGCCCUCUGCCCUUUGUCUCCAUCCUUGUACAGACAAGAGUCUUGUCAGAAUCCAAUUCAUCAUUCGCCAAACAAUCCUACAGCAUGCUUCCGAAGACGGGUGUACCCAAGCUGGCCAGAGCUGCUUCGACCAGAGCUUCGACCAGAGCUUCGAUGCAAUCGGGAAGCCAAGCUAGAGUCCUCGCCGCCCCCGCCUACGCUGCUCGACGACAGCAACAUUUCCUGAGGUCUCUGGCCGUCAUCACCGCCGCUGCCGGCAUCGCCACCGUCUCUCAAUACUACCUCCACGACGGUCGUCUGCUCAACUCGGCACUCGCCGAAGCACCCCCCGCCGAUCAACCCGAUAUCCAGUUCGAGAAGAGACGCAAGCGCGGUGCAAACAAAGAGGAGGACAGAGAUUUGGCUAGUUCCCAACACCUGCAGGUCAAGAAGUCGUGGGAGAACCCUGGUGUCUAUGCCUGCGGCUCCAAUGCCGGCAAGGUUGUCGCGCCCGACUCGGAUGCUUCCUUCAUCAAGACGCCCCGUCGUAUCAGCUUCUUCGAUGGCAAGCUCCUCCGCGACAUCAAGCUGGAUACAAAGUUUGGUGCUGCUAUAGAUGAGCAGGGCAACCUGCUACAAUGGGGUGUUGAUUACUCAACGGACACUACGCAACCCACUGUGACCCUCAAGGGCAAGGACCUGGUCUCAUUGGCUAUCUCGAAGGACCGUAUUCUUGGCCUCUCGUCUUCCGGAAAGGUCUACUCGCUGCCCGUUUCCGCUGCUGACCAGGCCUCCGGUACGAAGCCCAGCGAGAGCUCCUGGAUCCCUUUCUGGUCCUCCUCGUCUCCCAUCAGCUACCGCACCAUCACUCCUUCCGACAUGAGCUACAGCGAAAAGGUCUCUAGCAUUGACAGCGGUCUUGAACAUGCCCUGUUGCUCACCUCAAAGGGCCGUCUCUUCUCCAUGGCCGCUGCCACUGACGCCUUCCCUACCAGAGGUCAGCUCGGUGUUCCAGGCUUAUCUUGGGACAACAAGCCGUCCGGUCCCUACUAUCAACCUCAUGAGUUGACCACUCUCCGUGGCUUCAACAUCUCAAAGAUUGCCUGUGGUGAUUUCCACAGCAUUGUAGCUGAUUCUGAUGGCCGUGUCUUUGCAUUUGGCAACAACACUUCAGGUCAGCUAGGCUUUGACUACAACACUGAAUCCGCCGUCGUUGAUACGCCUGCCUUGUUACCUCUCCAGAAGCUCUAUGCUGGAUCAUCUCAGGUCCCUGUAGUCACAUCGGUAGCCGCAGGAGGUGCCAACUCAUUUUUGACUGUUGAUGCUACCAAAGUGGCAUCCCGCAACUCUGAUGGCAGAGGCGUUGGUAGAGUCAGUGCUGACACCUUUGCGUGCGGCGCUGGUAUCUAUGGUACGCUCGGAAACAACCGAUGGACUCACGUACAGGGAACUCCCACAAAGAUCCCUUCAUUGUCUUCGCUAUUUGAGUACGACGAGACCAACAACACCGUAAUCCCAAUCAGAUUAGCGAGCAUCAGUGUUGGUAACAAGCAUGUCGCGGCUGUCAUGAGCAAUGUCGCACACACAGGAGCCUUGAACACAGACGGGGAGACGUGGUGGGGAAGAGACAUUGUGUUCUGGGGCGGCAAUGAGAACUACCAACUGGGAACUGGCAAGAGAAACAACGUCAACACUCCCACUUACAUCCAGCCUCUCGAUCAAGUCGCAGAGCGCAAGGUCAGAGGCAAGGAGGAGCACAGAUUCCAAAUUACACCAAGGAGCACUGUACGCCUUGCUGAUGGUAGAAAGGUCAGCAUGGAGCAACGUGUAGAGUGUGGAAGAGACUGUACCGCCAUCUACUCCGGCGUAUAAAGCUUGAAUAAUCUUGGUUUGGCUUCAGUGCUUUUCUGAACUGUACAUUUUUGUAGAUAUUGCUUACGGCGUUAUUACAGGCAUGGAGUUGGUGGCGGUAGGUCGUCUGUAACAUUAGCUUAGAUGUGUAUAUCCAUGAGCAUCUUCCUCUCUGCUCAAACGUCUCGUGAGGCGUCACAAUCAAGAGAACUUAUGAUCACUCCACACAGACUUGAGCUUGAACAUGUCGACUGCCUCUGGCACUACUGAGAAAGAGCUGGCCUAUGAUGCAGGUCUGCACAACAGCAGACAAUAAGGAGACCUGGACGAUAUUAAACGCGAAUGCAUGUUAUCAGACGAGCAGCCAAUUAUGCCGUUGGUCUGUAUCUGUCCCCCGG